AUGAGUUUAAUACAAUAUAUUUGUUUUUGUGUGCUGGCUUUUAUAACCGCUAUAAACUCUGCAGAAAUUUGUGUGAAGAUUAAUUCGUGUUCUUGUCGGAAUUCCAGUGGUGUUCUUGAUUUAUCUCCUUUGGCAUCGUCUGAUAGCGAGCCCACGUUCAAAGAUGUUGAAGGUAGUUUAAAAAGUUAUUACUAUUCAUGGAAUCCCUGUACCCCAUUUACAGAAGAUCCCACAAAUUGUGUCAAUGUAUCAGCCUGUAAGACAAACAUGAAUGAAUAUUACAGCUUGGGAACUCCAGACAGUGCUACAUUUGUAACGGAUGAAACGAAAGGCUUGAUGCUACAAUAUUCAUCAACAGGUAUUUUUAAAAGACAUUUGGAAGUAAUCUUGGUGUGUGAUCCAAGUACGAAUUCCAGUUUAAGUGUAAAAGGAGAAACACAUGCAGCUAGUUUACACCACGAAAUGACACUUCGCAGUAAAUACUGCUGUUUUCAACCGGAUGAUACAUCAACUACCGAAUCAUCAACACCAUUUACUGAUUCUUCAUCUGAACUACCAUCGGGUUCAACAGGAACUGCCUCAGAUUCUACCAUGCCAUUUAGUGGAUCGACCAAUCCAGAUACCGGAUCAACCAACCCAGAUACUGGAUCAACCUAUCCAAACACCGGAUCAACCAAUCCAAAUACUGGAUCAACCAACCCGAACACCGGGUCAACCAAUCCAAAUACUGGAUCAACGAUGACCAUAACAACACCCGAAUCAUCUGCGCCUACCAUGUUACCGCUUUCAAGAUUUAUUGUAAUUAUUAUAAUGGUGUUACUGAAAUUUGCGUUUUAGAUAUUUUGUCCUGAGCAAAUGUUUGUCCACACCGGCCACGAUUAUAACCAUAUGCAUGUAAAAUGGAAACAGAAUAUGAAAUCCGAGUUUCACAUUGUGCGAUCUUCUUUGCGAAAUAUGUCAGUUGUCUGAAUAUCGCGCAAUAUAAAACUUGGAGUAAUAACAUGGUUUCAGUUCCAUUUUCAUAUUCUAUAUUGCGCUACAAUUGAUGUAUUGAGGACUAAUUUUAAUAAACAUUUUGUACUGUAAAUUGCA